AUAUUGUUUAAUAUUAUAAACUUAUUUUCCAGAAAUUUUCUUGUAUCAUUACAAGCUUUAUAUUUCAGGUCAAAUGAGGCUGGAAAUGAUUCGGAAGGUCAAUUGCAAGGGACGACUAUGACGCGUUUCUUACGCGACAUUGAAAAACAGAUCGUGGAAAAGGAUAAAUGCCGCAGAUCGUUUAACUUACUCUACAGUGCAAGUAAACAUGGAUGCAGUCCACGUGUGUUUCACAAGCUUUGCGAUGCAAAAGGUCCAACUGUCACGAUACUUAUCGGGACUCAAAAUAUCAUGUUUGGUGGUUACACAAGUCAGUCCUGGACAUCCGAAAAUGGCUCUUUUAAAAGCGACAAGAAUGCAUUUCUUUUUUAUAAAGAAGACAACGAUAGACAUCCAAUGAGGAUAUUUGAAAUAGCACCGGAAAAUCAUCAAUGGGCAAUAUACUGCCAUCGAAACAAUGGUCCAACUUUCGGUGGAGGCCGUUUUGCAAGUCAUGAUUUACUUACGUUUGCAACAACGUUUAUGAAAAAGUUGAUUUGGGAUGAAAUAAAAUUAAAGAACAAUGUUUUUGAAUUGAAUGGAAAAACAAACAUAGGAAGCGUAUACAAAAGCAAUGCAAACGAUGCCGAUCCCAUAGCCAUCAAUGGAGGAAAGAUGACUGUGUCCGACGUCUAUGUGUAUCAAGUUCAAGAUGAGCCGGAAAUAGUGAUAGACCAACUGAAAAUCUACAUAGAGGAGCAUGUAAGUGAUAAUCAUUGUAUUUAAUAUUUAACUUUACAUGAGAAAAUAUGUUUUACAAAGUGACCCUGUGGUUUCCGUUACCUGCGUAAGGGUUGUACUGCACUUACCCUUAUUUCAGUGUUAAUAUACAUGAUCUUUGUCAGUUAAAGGAGUUAUGACCUCAACGACUUAA